ACGAAACCCGCUGUAAAAUUGUUAGCAUAUUCGAAGUGAUGGUUUAAAAACAUAAAAAUCUGCAUUACCAUAUAAGGAAAGCCGCCACCUUUUGCAAUAACUAUGCUUUUACGGAUGAUUCCAUGUCGCACCGUAGAGCGAAGCUUUGUAUAAAUAGGCGAACUGCAAAAUUCAAAUCAUUAGUUUGAAAUUCUAAUAUCUGAAACACAGAAAUUUUUAUACUUUCACCAUUUGCUGCAAACAAUUUAAACACCUCGGUUCAAAUAAAUAUUUCAUAAUUCUCAUUUACGGUAAUUUGAUUGCAUAUUUAAACGGAAGCUAUUCUAUAAAAAACGCAUUGGCACGUAUUUCUAAAAUGCUUACAAAAAGUAGCUAAUACAUUUCUGCUCGUUAAAAAUUUUCACUUGCAAAAGCAAUUCGAUCUACCAUUGAAAUUGAACAAAAUGGCAAACAGUGGAGCCACUGUUUCGGAACAGACCUUGAAGGAUUAUUUGGACCUGAAGAUGCACAAGACGAAUAACUUCAUGAUGAUAAAGUUCUCUUCCAAACUUUACAAAGAAAUGGUCACCUCUCAUUUGGAGCCCCAAUGCGAAGGAGUGAGUAACAAGACACAAUGGGAGAAGAUGAAGAAACUACUGAACGACAGCCAAGCCACUUUCAUAGUGUUCAAGAUGUCUUACAAAACAAAAGAUGGUGCACACCGGGGCAAAUUGCUGUUCAUCUCAUGGAUCCCCGACAGCUGUUCUCUCAAGGAGAAGAUGGUGUAUGCGGCCAGUAAGAAUACACUGAAGAACAAACUAGAGGGGGUGAAGAAGAGGCUUUGAAUGGGACUGACAUGGGGAAUCUCGACUACGGAGAGGUGGCCACUUCAGUGUCCAAGGGAACGGCAGAUGUAUAACACUAACAAACCAACUGUUCCAUAGACGACACUGAUUUUGUUAACUAACCCCCCUGGGGUCGGGUUAAUCUUACAAAACUCAUCAAAGAAAAUGAUACUUAAAUUUUUAUAUUUAUCAGUUUGAGCUUAGAAAAGUCUUUCAGUUUACGCCAAAAACUGUCACCGUCAAAAUCCGUCAAACUAAGUCCGUAGAAUUAGAUGUCAUUUUGAGAUUCAAUGUGAAUAACAGUAUAUGCCUUAUUUAGCAGUUACAACGAGCAAUAUCGUCAUUUAGAAACAAGAAAUAUCUAAAAACGGUUUAAA